GCCCGCAGCCGUUACUCCUCGCACCCGCUGCCUUCCGCUCGCUCAGUCCCGGGAGCCGCCGCGUCUGCCCGGGGCCGUGAGGCGACAGCGCGCCGCCGCUCCGCCUCCACUCUUCCCGCUGUGCCGUGUCGUACGGCGAUCCGGGGUGCCGGACGGCCCGCCGCCACCGCCGCCAUGCAGAUCACCCUGAAGACGCUGCAACAGCAGACGUUCCGCAUCGACAUCGACCCCGAGGAGACGGUGAAGGCGCUGAAAGAGAAGAUAGAAUCAGAAAGGGGGAAAGAUGCUUUUCCAGUUGCUGGUCAAAAACUAAUUUAUGCAGGUAAAAUUCUUAAUGAUGAUACUGCUCUUAAAGAGUACAAAAUAGAUGAGAAGAACUUCGUGGUGGUUAUGGUGACAAAACCCAAAGCAGCAACUGCAACUACAGCAACUCAGCAGACUAAUUCCACUACUGGCAUUAGUGUAACAACUGCAGAUCCCACACCAGUCUCUGCACCAGCUCCUGCAGCUGCUCCUGUGCCAGUUCCUGUCCCUACCACUCCAGCACCAGCUGCAGUUGCUUGUGAAUCUGCACCUGUGAGUACUCCUAAUGAAGAAAAGCCAGCAGAAAAACCACCAGAGGCACCAACUGCUGUCAGCCUAUCAUCAAAUGAAAGUACAACAGGUGAUACAUCUCGAUCAAAUCUUUUUGAGGAUGCUAUAAGUGCACUUGUGACAGGUCAGUCCUAUGAAAAUAUGGUGACUGAAAUCAUGUCCAUGGGUUAUGAACGUGAGCAAGUAAUUGCAGCGCUGAGAGCCAGCUUCAACAAUCCGGACAGAGCAGUGGAAUACCUUUUAAUGGGUAUACCUGGAGAUAAUCAGGCUAUGGCUGAACCAACUCAAGCAGCAAGCACUGGUACCUCUCAGUCUUCAGCAGUGGCAGCAGCUGUAGCAACCAUACCUACAACUGCUACUUCACUUGGAGGACAUCCUCUUGAGUUCUUGCGAAAUCAGCCUCAAUUCCAGCAGAUGAGACAAAUCAUUCAGCAAAAUCCUUCUCUGUUACCAGCAUUGCUGCAACAGAUUGGACGGGAAAAUCCUCAACUACUGCAGCAAAUAAGUCAACAUCAGGAGCAUUUUAUUCAUAUGUUGAAUGAGCCAGUUAUAGAGUCUCGACAAGGUUUAAGUGGCAGUGAUGAUAGUGCCAGCACUGGAGGAGUAGCAGAUGCUGGAAAUGGUCAUAUGAGCUACAUUCAAGUAACACCUCAGGAAAAAGAAGCUAUUGAACGGCUAAAGGCAUUAGGAUUUCCUGAAGGACUUGUGAUACAAGCAUAUUUUGCUUGUGAGAAGAAUGAAAACUUGGCCGCCAAUUUUCUUCUACAACAAAACUUCGAUGAAGAUUGAGAGACUUUUUUUUUUUUUUAAUGCUACACCUCACACCAGUGCAUUACACUAACUUUGUUCACUGGAUUGUCUGGGAUAUUUGGGCUUAUAUUCUUAAUGCUUGGGGUAUGGUGUAUGAGGAGGGAGAAGAAAAUGUGGUAAACCAAGUAAAGAAAACAGUAAGCAUUUCUGCUUUAAAUUAGCAGAUGCAGCAAACCACACAGUGUAAAAUACAACCAAAAAUGAGCUUCUGCAGACAUUUAGCUCCUUCUGUAAUGUAGUUUAACAUUUUUUCUAGGAUUUCAUUCCUGCUGUACUUUUUAUAGAAAGGUAGUGUAAUGCCUUGCUUCAUGUUCCUUUCUGUUGGUAUCAGAAAUAGCCUACACUACUAGACUCUAUAGUCUGUAUUUCAUGGCAACACUGGAAAGCAACCUUAUGACAUCUAAAAGAUCUGAUUAGAUAUAAACAUGAAUGCCAACAUGUGGGUACUUAUUUUACUGUCUGAAAUGUGUUAAAUGAGUGCAAGAAGCACAUUAUUUUAAUGCUGAAUUUAAAUGGAUUUAUUCAAAUGAAAACCUAUUUCAGCUAAUCUUGAUUAUUAAUUGAGAAAAUCUCCCACCCAUGCCACCUAUGAUUUGGGAAGGUAUAUACACAAGGAAGAUUCUCCUUGUUCACUUGUUUUCUUUUGGGAAAAAUUCAUAGAUACCUUAUUACUGUUCACUUUGGUGUUAUGUUUCAGUAAAAGUGUUAAAAGCAAUAGACUGCAUUUUUGACUUUAUUGUAUGCUUUAUAGUGAACUGAAUAUCCUUUUUUUGCCAGUAGACAAAACACAAGUUUUAGUUUUGUCCAUUGCAAUGAGACUGAAUCAUCAAAUCAGAUUUCACUUUCGUACUUAUCUUGGACCAACCUUUGCAAAAGAAAAUAAAAAUACAGUUGUAAGCAUCUGAAGAUUCUGGCAUUCUGUUGAUGUUGAGAUUGUAAAAAUCAAAUUAUUUUUUGUUAAGUAAGGAUUUUUUUCCUCUCACUUUGAGGAACAGAGUUCAGAAUUUGAAGUAUCCAGCAAACAGACAAGUUUCUGCUGUCCAAAAAAAUCUGCAUGCAUACCUUCCUUUCUAUUGAAAAUAAACUCCAAUUAUAGAAUUCUUGAUUUUUUUAGAUCCUGGUACCUUCUUACCACUUUAUGUUUAGUCAUAAUAAAAUGUAGUUUUCCUUCUAUCAUACAUUCUCUGUCAGAGACAAUCUUGCAAUGCUACUGGUGAAGGCAAAUUCAAGUUUUGGCUAAAAUUACUUCAUGCAUCCUUUCCUGAACACAACUUGGGGAUAUUUUGACUUUUUACUGUUGUACUCCAAUUAACUGAAUUACAAUUUUAUCUCUGUAUUUAAUAACGAAGAUGUUAUUAGUAUCACUAGUGGUACAGCAGUGAGUUGUGCCAUUAAUGAUAGUAAUGAUUUAGUGGUACAACCAAAGAAUGAUUUCCUGCUUUGUUGGUGCAGAAGUGGAUUCAAAAACUACUUAUGCUCAGAGUAGAAGUCAAGUCCUGAGAAAAGAGAGCGAGAAAGACUGAAGCAUUUGUAUUUUGUUUCUUCUUUGCUUUGUUGUAGUCUGUAAAUAAUUAUCUGCAUCAAAUAAUUAAAUGUAAUAAAGCCUUUUGCUUUUUUCUUUAUUCUUAAACAUCUGUGAUGUUUUUCCAGAUAGCGUGUAUUUUAGUUGCUCAAAUUUCAUUAUACUCAAAUUUCAUAGGUGCAGAUUGUUUGAGUUAUCAGUGAUGCAACCAAAAUUGUAUAAGUAGAAGUGAUACUGCUAAAUGGAAAAUAAAUCUUUCAUAAUGUUUCAUUUUGCACAAAUUAACAUUAAUACCUGAGUCAGCCAGUAGGUUUUAACUAAGCAGGAAUAUCAGUGUAUUUAUGGACUUGGAGAGAUUGAUUGUAAUGAUGUAACACUCUGCACGAAAAAAAGGGGAUAAUUGUUAUAUGUAAAAGGAGCAGCUGUCAGGUGCUUGAGAAAUGCCAAACCUGAUGCAAGUACUUCUUGAAUGUACUCUACUACAUAGCUGAUAUCUAAAUAAAAAAAAAGCCUUUA